GCGGGGCCUGAGCGUCUCGGGGAGAGAGUGAGUUAUAUGGCCGAAAGUGCACGGGAAAGUCUCGGUGGGAGAAAACGCACACAAUUGGACUAAACGAGGGUCUAGGACGACAAGUGACGGCGCGGCGUGGUUGGGGAUGAGUCUGUGCUCUUCGGUGGACGCACGCGGUGCCUGCUUUGGUAUUUAAAAGCGUGUAAAAGGCGCUUUUCGCGACUGUUAAUAUUUACAUAAUCGGGACCGUUCUGGAUGGUCUGCGCGCGCGCUCGCUCUCAAAGCACGCACGCACGCACACGCGCUUCAGCUUUUUAGCCUGGCCCGAGAACACGUUGCUGGUUGCUAGUUAACUAACUAACAAAUUAUAAACCUAACUCGUGGAUUAAUCAUCGGCGAGAUAUAUUAAACGUAUAUUCUCAUUUUUAUUCGCAUAAUUUUCUCCAUUUCUUUUCCGUUGUGAAAAAAACAAGUUAUACAACAGGGAAGCGCGGUGAGAAGAAUCCCGGUCCUAAAGCCCGUCCUGUACUCGGCUUCAGGCGGGCGAGGCGAGCCUCUAUACCCGUGGCCAAAUGGUUCAUCUGUGGCCGCUGUUCAAAUCAUUUGACAUGAUGGAAAGCGUUUUGUUAGAGCAAGGAUAAUUUUUCUCACCAGAAAAAGUGAGAAAAGGGGAGGUUUUAACGUCUACAGCUACAUAUUAAGCUACUCUUCUAUUACUGUAGAUUAAAAGACUGAGAAAAAAUAAGAAUAGUAAUCACAAUAAUAAUAAUUCCCUUUUUAAGGGAUUUCUAGGGAUUUUUUCCCUCUCUAUUAAACCUCUCUCUGAUUACAAAGACUCUUCUGCCUCUGCUGCAGCAUCUUUUUUGUGUUUUUUGGUUUGGUCUGUGUUUUUGAACGAGAUCCCUCAAAGCAUUAAAGCUACACAUCCUUAAGGGACUUGUCCAGUGAAGUAAUGGUCGUACAUACGAUCCACUGGUUCAGGAAGGGCUUGAGGCUCCACGACAAUCCUUCCCUCAGAGAGUCGAUCCAGGGAGCGGACACUGUGCGCUGCGUCUACAUCCUCGACCCCUGGUUUGCGGGAUCGUCCAACGUUGGAAUCAACAGGUGGAGGUUUUUACUGCAGUGUCUGGAGGAUUUGGACGCCAGCCUCCGCAAACUCAACUCUCGUUUGUUUGUUAUUCGGGGCCAGCCCACUGAUGUCUUCCCCAGGCUCUUCAAGGAGUGGAACAUCACUCGGCUGUCUUAUGAGUACGACUCCGAGCCAUUCGGGAAGGAGCGAGAUGCAGCCAUUAAGAAGCUGGCCAGUGAGGCAGGCGUGGAGGUGACGGUGCGCAUCUCCCACACGCUCUACGAUCUGGACAAGAUCAUAGAGCUCAAUGGAGGUCAGUCUCCGCUCACCUACAAGCGCUUCCAGACUCUCAUCAGUAAGAUGGAGGCGGUGGAAACUCCGACCGAGGCCAUCACAGCGGAUGUCAUGGGCUCCUGCACUACACCUCUGUCUGAUGACCAUGAUGAGAAGUUUGGGGUGCCCUCCCUGGAGGAGCUUGGUUUUGACACAGAGGGGUUGUCUUCAGCUGUGUGGCCUGGAGGAGAGACUGAAGCCCUCACACGCCUCGAGAGGCAUCUGGAGAGAAAGGCAUGGGUGGCCAACUUUGAACGUCCCAGAAUGAAUGCAAACUCCCUGUUGGCCAGUCCCACUGGCCUCAGCCCCUACCUGAGGUUCGGCUGCCUCUCGUGUCGACUCUUUUACUUCAAGCUCACUGACCUGUACAGAAAGGUGAAGAAGAACAGCUCCCCUCCUCUCUCCCUCUACGGGCAGCUGCUGUGGAGAGAGUUCUUCUACACAGCUGCCACCAACAAUCCUCGCUUUGACAAGAUGGAGGGCAAUCCCAUCUGCGUGCAGAUGCCCUGGGAUCGCAACCCUGAGGCGCUGGCCAAAUGGGCUGAGGGCAGGACAGGCUUCCCCUGGAUUGAUGCCAUCAUGACCCAGCUGAGGCAGGAAGGCUGGAUCCACCACCUGGCCCGACAUGCCGUGGCCUGCUUCCUCACCCGGGGAGAUCUGUGGAUCAGCUGGGAGGAGGGCAUGAAGGUGUUUGAGGAGCUGCUCCUGGAUGCAGACUGGAGUGUGAAUGCAGGCAGCUGGAUGUGGCUCUCCUGCAGCUCCUUCUUCCAGCAGUUCUUUCACUGCUACUGCCCAGUGGGCUUCGGCCGCCGCACUGAUCCCAACGGUGACUACAUACGGCGAUACUUACCUAUCCUGAGGGGAUUUCCUGCCAAGUACAUUUACGACCCCUGGAACGCUCCAGAAAGUGUGCAAAAAGCCGCCAAGUGUGUAAUUGGUGUGCACUACCCCAAGCCUAUGGUGCAUCACGCAGAGGCCAGCCGCCUCAACAUUGAACGCAUGAAACAGAUCUACCAGCAGCUGUCCUGUUACAGAGGCCUGGGACUUCUGGCUACGGUUCCGUCCAACCCUAAUGGAAAUGGGGAGAACUCCUCAAACAUGAUGGGUCUCCCUGCUGCCGAGAACACCCAGGAGGCUUCUGCGUCCUCAGGAUUCCAAAUGCCUGGUAACCCUCAAGGGGAAUGGCACAGUGGGAUGAUGGUGUACCCUCAAGGAGACACACAGCCCAGCAGCAGCAGCAGCAGCACACAACAACAAGGGUUUUCAGGCAGCAGCAGCGGGAUGGUGUGUUACAGGCAAGAAACUCAACAAGUACCCGGCCCUGUGAUUCAGCAAGGGCGAGGGCUUCACUCCAGCACUCAGACCUCUGGGAAACGUCACAGUGAAGAGUCUGGACCCACAACAGGCUCAAAGGUCCAGAGGCAGUGCAGUACCUAAAGAAGGAGGAAGUUCUCAGAUGUGGGCGUAUUGACCUGGAGCAACUGUAGUUCACCUGUUACACACACACACACGCAUUUAUAUACAAUGUUUUAUCUUUUGUUUAAAGGGGUCGUGGGUAUUAGAAGGAGUGCAUGAUCCUCCCUGUAAGCACAUCCACACAUGUUUAAAGCAGUUGGACUGUAUAAUAUUAUAACUUGGACUACACCCAAACUGAUGCCAGCAUCCUAACCAGCUCCGGAGGAAAAAGAAAAUACGUGGUUCCCUGCCGCACUGUUCCGUCAGUGUUCAGAGAGCGUAAUGAGUGUUAGGACUCCUCUUGGGACAGAAACCUUUCUGUAUAUAAGAAUUUGUUGAUUUACUCACAUACAAAUUGUACAUAUUUGAUAUUGUAUGUGCUUUCUCUAUUUCAUGUAGUCAUAGACCCAUUGAUAUAUUUUUGAUAUAAAUAAUCAUUGUGGAUCGACUGUACUCUGUUGUUUUUUUUGCAUAUGUAAACAUUAAACAGCAUCUGUAGUCUGCCCAUUCAGUGCAUGGCGAGGCUUCUCUCUGUCUGCUUGCUUCUGUCUCCCACACUCUUUCUUUUCUCUCCCUCUCCCUCCUCAUUUUUGACUCCUUUUUGUCUCUGUUGUUUCUCCUCUCUGCUCGUCUCGUCUAUCAGAUCUUCAGUCUCCUCUUAUAGUUGUCAUCAUUGUACGCUAAAUUGAAGUGUUCAUCACUUUGUGCUUCUUGUCCACUUAUGUUGUGCUGGUUUAAUAAAUAAAGCUUAAACAUA